AUGCGUGAUUUUCUGGCUGAAGAACGUCGACACGGACGCAUUUAUCCGCCGAAACUAACUGCGGCAGAAAAGGAACGGUACAAACAACGGGCCAAGACAGAACCAGCACGGACUGUAUUCAAGCCAGCCAAAUUCACAUCACAAGGUAUACCGUUGGAACAAGUCGACCGAGAGCUGAGAGAAUUGGCCGAAAAGAAGCAGUACAUGGAACGAAAGAUCAAAAACAUCGUUGAGAAUGCGUUUUUGGAAAAUGACAUCAAAAGUCGGCCAUUCGUUUUUAUAAUGGCAAAUUAUUUCUACAAGACGCAUGCCGGAAAGUAUACACCGGCUGAAAUUGCCAUCGCAAAGUGGUCUUUUGAAGACGGAAUUUUGAACUGCCAUCAAAUGUUUGUUGACCCAGGCACUGUUACCAUUGGUUAUGCUUUCGAAGCAAAGGAUCGUUCCGAAAAGGUGCAUCGAUUGCCACCGCCGCCCAAUGCGCUAGGCGAGAAAGACUACGAAAAGAUCUAUUCAACCAUUCUCGGUGUGUUGGAUGUGGUGCCUGGUCAAAAGUUCGAAAAAAAUGAUGAACGACGACCGUGCGUAUUCAUUCGCAGGGAAGACAUUGAAAUGAUUGAAUCAAUCCUGGAUCAAUUGUCCGACCACACAUGGCAGAACACAUUUGAUGUCUUCGAUUUCAACUUAUUGUUCAAUCGACUCAAAAACAAGGUCGAAGUCGAGACUAAGGCUGGACUCAGUGUCGAUCCAAUUCGUAUAACAGUCAGCGACUCGUUCAUCGAACAGGAUCGUUACGAUGCCACACCGAAUAUCUCAUGUGAUUUCCAUGAAAAUGAGGAUGUAACACGACACUGUGCACUAAGCUAUGUCCGUCGUUGGUUCUUCUUGUGUGCCGAUCAUGUAUGUGAAAAAAUUUGCGUGAAAUUGGUGCCCGGAAAACACUUGCCGAUCAAUGCUCAAAUAGCACCACCGUUGCCAUUCGAAGACGAUCCAUUCGAAUCAAAGGGAAAUAAACGCGAUGACGACCAAUAUUCAUGCAUCUCAUCCUCGUACACUGGCUACUCCAAAUUUUCCGAUUCGGAUGACUCAAGCUCCGACUAUUAGAUCAGAGUUUGCAUCGCAUUCACACGUUUUAUCCAUUUUGACCAGAGAAAAAUAUUUGUAUUACCAAAAGUCAAAUCUUAUUUUUUUUAAACAUUUUAUUGUUAUUUUCUUCUCAUUUAAGUCCAACAGAAAAGUGGCUGUCAUAGAAAAUUGUUCAUAGAAAGAAGAAUACAACUUUUGACUCAAUCAUAAAAUUAAUCAUUGAAUGAAUUAAGAAAAAAAAACAUUUUUCAUCAAAACAAA